GGUCACACCGUUUUUCACGUUUUUGCGUUUGUUUGGCUUUUUCAUUCGAUCUUAGACUUAUCCAUAUUUCAAGAAUAUUAAAGAUGGGUCGCAACAAGGCAAACAACAAGAAGGUGACUCCUGGAGCCGCCAAGCCAAAGACUGCGCUGAACAAGUCCAAAAAGGCCAAGAAUGUGUUCAAGGUGGCCGACGGGAACAAAGGGAAGGGUAAGAAGCCCAAGGAAGUGCAGGGCAAGCUAAAGCAGAUCAAGGAAUCUGUGAAGGCCAAGCAGGAGAAGGUGGACGCCAGCCUGAAGACUUUGCACAAGGAUCUGGUGGUGAAGAAGCCAAAAGCCCCAGUGGCGCCCAUCAAGAACAACAAGAAGAAGGGGGCCAAUGCCCAGAAAGUGUCCGACACCUUGGGCAAACUCAAGUUCUAAGUAACUCCGCCGGUUGCCACUUAGAGCGGUUUACGUUUCACGUAUAGUAGAUGUAGUUAGUACCCAUUGAUUGUUAAAGACUUUGGUCUGAUGUUGCUAUGGCAAAGAUGAUCCAAAAUAUACCAUAGCCAUAUGGACAGUGAUGGGAAGCAUUCAUCGAGGUAGAGUUUCUCCACUUCUUGCUGGAAAUACUCAUAUACCCCUUGACCUCUAAGAAACCUUUUAUAAAUUUAGAAUUUUAUUCCGUUAACAAUCAAAUACCUGAUAAAUAUAGUUUCCAACGAAUAGGCAUAUAUAUAUAUAUAUAUAGGUAUAUAUAUUUUUUUAUCCCAAAUUUUGUUUAAUGAAUAAUAUGCAACUAUUUGUAUUCUUCGGGUAUAAGUGUACCUUUUAUAACAUCUAGUAGGAACUAUAUAUUUCAAAUCCUACCUUAGAAUGUAUAGCUCUCCCAUCACUGUAUUAUGGCAAACUAGACAACCACA